UCCAUCCACCCGUCAUCUUGCACGACACCCGCCAUCUUGCAGGACACCCGCCCCAAGGCUUCCCGCACAGUAUCCAGAAUAGGUACUCGUGGGCACGUUUCAAACAGCUUUGUUCGUGGUUCGGUGCAGCAACUCAACUCCACGGCGUCUCGCCCGGGGUCUGUGUACCACGCGUGGUGUGUGUAAGCUAUGCAUGCGAGUUAGAAGGAGCGUGCGGCUGUUCUGGACAGCAGGGGGGGUGGGGGGUUGGAGGAGCGCUGUAGAUCAGGACGAGCAUAAGUACAAAGAGCCGUGUGCUGGAGGUUGGAGGAGCGAUGGCGGUGUGUACGAGUGUGAGUGUGGUAUUCUGCACUGCACUGCUGUACACUACUUCCGAGCACACGUCUGUCCUCGAACCACAGAGCUACACUGCACGAUCCUACUACUAUCCUAUACGCUGACCCGCUGACCCGGCAGCCCGGGCUGGUGUAUGCAACCCAACCCAACACCCAUGGCCGUGGGCUUUGCGAUCCGGAUCUGCGAUACGGAUCUACACCUCCUGCUCCUGCGGCCGCGCUCCCACUCCCACACCCUCCGCCUCCCUCGUUUCAUCCCAGGGGAAUGCAGGACGCGAGCUACCUACUUCCAC